AUUUGUGACGUCACAUACACAAAGUUAUCGCUUGGAGGAAUAAAUAUUUCAUUGUCCAGACUUAAAAAAUGGAUCGUUACCUGAUAUGAAAAUUAACUGCAGUCCCAACUAUGGCAGACAGCAACGAAGCUGGAAGAAAAUUGAGAGCCAAGGAGAGGAAGACGUACACGGACGAGGACCUCGAUGAUGAUGACAUCGAGGGUAAGAGGGCCUUCAACUUGGAGGAUAAACUCCAGUCCAAGAAAUACAACAAAAACUUUGUCAAGGUCAUGAAAGGUCAUGAAUUGAACAUGGGUUACCUGCAGGCUAAUGGACUGGAGACACCAAUAGUGAUGUAUGAUAAGACAGGACUGGGAAUGAGAGUUCCUAGUCAGAACUUCCGGGUCAAUGAUGUCAAACAGUGUGUGGGCAGUAGGCGUGUGCUCGAUGUGAUGGAUGUAACAACACAGAAGGGAAAGGAGAUGACGAUGCGCGAGUGGGUCCAGUAUUUUGAAAACCCAGAACGAGAACGGCUCCUGAAUGUUAUUAGUCUGGAAUUUAGCCACACAAAAUUAGAGAACUAUGUCGAGUCUCCAACACUGGUACGACAGGUAGACUGGGUGGACACUGUAUGGCCACAGUACCUGAAGGAAUGUCAGACCGAGUCCACCAACAUCAUAGACAAGAUGAAGUAUCCAAAAGUACAGAAGUACUGCCUGAUGAGUGUGAAGGGCUGUUUUACGGACUUCCACAUUGACUUUGGUGGUACCUCAGUGUGGUAUCACAUCCUACACGGCCAGAAGGUGUUCUGGCUGAUACCCCCCACAGAGAAGAACAUUGACAGCUAUAUUACCUGGACGUUGUCAGGGAAACAGGGGGACUUCUUUUUGGCUGAUCAUGUAGAAGGCUGUGAGAGAAUAGAACUCAACGAGGGCUACACCUUUAUCAUACCAUCAGGUUGGAUUCAUGCUGUAUACACACCUAAAGACUCUCUAGUGUUUGGAGGUAAUUUUCUCCAUAGCUACAACAUCGUGAACCAGCUGAGGGUGUCUGAGGUGGAGGAUAAGACCCAUGUGCGACAGAAGUUCCGCUACCCUUUCUACGCUGAGAUAGCCUGGUACGUUCUAGCCCAGUAUAUCAAGUGUGUCUCUGGAAAGGAAUUUCUGAACCUACGGAAACUUCCCGAGGAGAAAGAGGCUGAUGACAUCACCAUGGAAACCUUCUCUAAUGAUGACGAUUCACGUCCACCGUCGAGGUGUUCUCAGGAAAAUGGGGGUAUCGAUAUCAAACCUGUGGACCUGAAGGAUGUCAUAGCGCCAGGCACUCCUAAAAUGGCCAAGAGUGUUACCAUAGAAUUGACACGAAUUGACCAAUCACCAAUUAAACGCUCACCGAGUGACGACGAGUGUAGCACACCUGGUCGACGACGAUCACCGAGGAAAUCUUCUUCUGACAGCUGUAGUUCUGCAGAUACAGAAAUAUACGAAAGACCUGAUGAAAUGGUUGUGGAUAAUGUUAAUGAUGUUGAAGCUGAGAAGGACAAGAAGGUAGACAAACCUGUUUUUAGUGGUGUGAGUAAGAUGGAGGUGGCCAGUGCUGAUGUGAGUGAAGUUACAAGUACAAGUGGCUCCAAGUCACAGAAGUGGAUACAUCUCACCAAGUGGGAGCUACAGGGACUGCGGACAUUGGUGGAAUGGCUGGAAGGAUUAGCACCAACCAAAAAGGGUGUUCCUAAGGAGCUAUUGGAGCCGGAAUCUCUGCUUGAAGAAGCUAAGCAACUUCUGAUGGACCAUGCUGGAGACAACCCAGCUCUGGCUGUUACGGGUGAUCCUGUACUGUUCUGGCCUCCCUCUAAAAAGAAAAUGAAACCAAAGAUGAAGCUGUCUGGUCCAAAGAAGUCAGCAGGGAAGGGCAGUCCAUCAUCUGGUGUCCGUCGGCGCAGAACACGGUGUAAGAAGUGUGAGCCGUGCACCAGGAACGACUGUGGGGAGUGUAACUUCUGUAAGGACAUGAAGAAGUAUGGAGGACCAGGCAGGAUGAAACAGUCGUGUAUAAGCAGGCAGUGUCUGGCACCUGUGAUACCACAUGCGGCUGUAUGUAUGAUCUGUGGGAAAGAUGACCGUAUAAAGGAGUCGGAGGGUUCAGAUGAGACGACCACGACGCUAAUGGAGUGUGGAAUAUGUUGGGAGAUUGUUCACCCUCCUUGUAUCAGACAGAAGUACGAGAACCUGGACAACAAUGGCAAGGUGAAUGAGGACCUGCCUAACAGCUGGGAGUGCCCCAAGUGUUGUCACGACGGCAAGCAAGGACAGCUCAAGCCAAGAAUUUUCAAAGGUGUGGGGAAGACAGGUAAGGGAGGGGAAGCAUCAUUGUCAUGUGACUCGCCUGGGAUGGACAUCAACCACAUGAUAAAGACAGAGGAUGAGGAUUCGUCUGAGGGCAAGAGGGUAACAUCUCGUCAGACCCUGUCUCCUCUGGCUGACUACAUAGAUCAUAAGCAUGAAGACAUGCAGAUGACAAAAGACACAAUGGAAACAGAAGAAGAAGAGGUCACACCAGAGGGAGAUCAUUUCGAGGAUGUGAAGAGAAAAAAGACAAUGAAAAAUUCUGUAUCUCAGGGAAAUUUGAAAAAGGGCCGUGGUCCUUUAAAGAAAGUGAAACUGAGACGAUUGUCAGGUCAACAAAUCUCACAACGACGACCUCUUCACUCCAUUAUGACGAAGCGGAAAUCUCCUGUACAGCUUAAACCUACUGGUAAACUUAAAUCUCCUGGUCAGCUCAAGCUGAAAAAAUCUCCAAUCAAAAGGAAGCGAGACCAGUUGAUUGACAGCCUAAGCCCCCGGGAACAGUUAGUAGGAAAUCCUGUGAUAACUCGCUCAGGCAGGACAGUGAAGAAGUCUCCCCAGCUCACAGACGAAAACAUGUCGUCAGACAUGCCCAGGAAACGUGCCCGACGUGAGGGUCUGUCUACACCUACCGGAUCGCCAAAACAUGCCCCAAAGACGAGGCACUCAAGUCAGUCGCCUGGUGGUAGUGGUGGAAAGCUCCGCCAAAGACCUCACAAUAGCUCUCCCGGGGGGACGGGGGUUCAAGACACCCCCGAGGGCGUUGGGCGUCCGAAAAAGUCGCCCAGAAAGUUGUUAAUGGCCGCAGGAGGUAACGCGCCCAGUCAGAAAGAAACUGUGUCCUCGACUCGGCAAAACAUUGGAGUAGGACCGACCGUGAAACGGAAGAAGUUAUCAGUAAAGGCUGCAGCGGGGGUUUCAGGCUCCGGAUCAUUGGGACAGCAUUCCAAAAAUGUCACGGUCGGUCAGACGGGCAGAAGUUCAGCUCAACCAGGCAAAGGAGGUGCUGCACUUCUGCCUGGAAAAAGUGGUGCUGCAUUUGAUCCUACACAGUUCAAUCUGAAGGAGCCUAAACUUGUGUUAGAGCGGUACGUGGUCAGACCAGCACCACCCUCUCCUCCGCCAGAUCAUUUGGAACUAAAUACCGGACGCAAACACGUCUUAAAAAGGAUGAUGUGGCUGAAGAUAUUUUCUUAUCUGUCUGGUCCCGACCUUGUUCGGUGCAUGGCCGUCAAUAAGAUGUGGUACCGUUGGUGCCUACACCACACACUUUGGAAAUACAUAGACAUCAGCAAUACGCGUAUUUUGCAGACUCAUCUCAUCGGCAUCGUUAAGAGGCAGCCUUAUUCACUUCAGCUCAAUUCUGUUACAAUGACACAGAUGCAAUUGUCAUGGUUACUCGCGCGCAUUCCACAACUAAAGGAUGUGUCACUAGCGUCAUGUUCCUGGACCACCGUCAGUGCCCUCUGUCUGACCUGUCCCCUACUAUCGUCACUCAAUCUGAACUGGGUGGCGGGCCUGACCGAGGAUGGGUUCCAGGACAUUAUUACCCCUCCCACGGAACGAAUACCCGGCAUGCAUGACGUCAGUCGUCUGCACUGCCUCAAAGUGCUGAGUUUGGCCGGCACGGGAAUUACAGAUUCAUCACUAGCCUUGAUGGCGGAACAUUUGACGAGGAUGGAGAACCUAGAUCUCAGUUACUGUACCAAACUCUCUAACGCAGGUAUGGAGGUGCUUCUGUCGCCACAUUGGUCAAUUCACAAGACAAUCAGAAAGAUCGACAUCUCCGGUUGUCGACGGAUAACAGAGUCCGUCCUUGACCUUUUGACCGCGUGCAACAAGCUACGACUAGUCGUAGCCAGAAACUGUACAGGUAUCUCAAAACACCACUUUGUAAAAGCGUCGUCUUCAUCCAACAUCACUUACAUCACGUGACAGAUAGAGACAGAGCACGUGAUGCAUUUUGUAAAACCGUUGUGGUUAUCUGUCUCAGAGACAAGCACGUAAUACAUUUUGUAAAGGUGCACUCGUCAUCUAGCGUCACUUUUAUCACGUGGUAUCUACGUAGACCUGCUGGUCAGUGAUAACAAAAUCACGUGAUAUACAUAGUGAAAAAACAACCGACGUGUAAAAGCUUGGAAGGCUAGAGUGUGGCGGCGCUAGUGUUGUGUGUGUGUUAUGAUCAGUCGGGUAUGACCUGUUUAUGUUAAGAUUUCUUUGAACAAAUGUGGUGUGCUCUAGAAGAUACUGAGUAUCCAAAUUCUAAUCGCACAACUCGGAUAACGAAUGUUUAAAAAAUUGCAGUUUCUGUGUUAUUGUUAUAAUCAAUGUCGUUGGUAAGAACCACGCGUGUAUUUCCUGGUGUCAUUGUAGGGUGUAGUUUCUGUACUGUUACCGGUAAUUUGGUAGUGUACGAUGCAAAAUGCUGGUGUACUGUCUUACCAUUUGGACCCCAAGGUUAUAACUCGAGCGCCUGGACGAUAGAUGCAUUUUAUUUCCACUCGCACAGUCCAAGUAUCAGAUUUAAACAUGAUUUGCAAAUAUUCCUCGUAUAACAACAGGGGCUCAGAUAGCUAUUUGACGGUCGGGUGGCGCAGUGGAUUGCACACUCGCAAUUCACAAAGACGGUCACGGUUCGAUUACCCGAAUGGACGUGACAAGUUAUCCCGACCACGCGUAGGUUUCCUCCGUGUACUCCGGUUUUCUCCCACAUUAAGUAAAGCGGCGCCCCAUACGAAUCUGCUCGAAAGACCACCCUUUGGACGUAACCCCCUCUCUGUAAUAGGAACCAAUAUUUUCUUAUCUCCACGUAGCAAUUUAUAUGUUAAUACUCUUUCAAGAGAUUAUAUCUUUUAAGAGACCACUUCUGAACUUUCAUUGGGUAGUAAUACCGAUUUGACUUGAGACGACGCUCUCAUCUUUACUAGUCGUAAAUAAUUCUGUUUUCAACAACGGCUCGAAGAAAGUAUAGUAAAAUACGAUAAGAACGUAAAAAUAAUAUGGAUAUAUUGUUUAUACUCUCGUAAACUACAGAAAACGAGUAUAGUGUCGUGGUACGAUCAAAAUUCCAAAUUCCAUACAGAUCCUGUAACGUUACACAUUUACGGUGUACUAGUACAUAAGUAUCAUCUUCCAAUGGGAGAAGCAUUUAGGACCUUCAGACAGUACCAGUUUUACAAAGUAGGAACGCUUAGCGCAGGGAUAACAUCAAAAGGACAGAACUGGGACAAGAUACAGUCUACAGGAGCAUAUAUAUGAGGAUUGAACGGAAAUUGUCUCAAUUUGAUACUGGUAUGACACAAAUCGGUUAAAAUGGGUACAUAUGAAAAAACCGAUUUGCGUUGCUACCGGCAUGAACUUUGAAAUAAAUGCCAUUCAAUCCUUAUAUUUUCAUUCUGAUUUUUUUGAGUUUAUAUUGACCUUAAAGGAGCGAUUCCCUUAAUGUUCGAUAUCGAGGUGUCGUCAGUGCAAACGAGAUUCCUUGAACAACUUGAAAUCACCGAAAUGUUUGCUUCUGACGGUUGUCUCAUGCUAUUCGAGGCGGAGGAAAGCUUCAAAAUGAUGCUGAUCAAAUUGCGUUCAUAGUUUUAUGAACGCAUUGUUUUCUUGUCAUGCUUAUAGAAGAACUUGCAGCGAAAAUGUAAAUAAAGGGUUGAUUAACGCAGUCUUUCAACCUAUAAAUGGUAGGGUCAUAUAACAAAGGGACAAGACAUCGUGUAUAGGUUGACGAGUGAUAUAGCACAGGGGCAAGAUACAGUCCAUAGGCUUAGUGUCACAGUAACGUUUUCAGGUAAUUCUGUGACACUAUUAACCGUCGAAUUUGUCUCAUCAUUGGACUGUAUGACAUGACCAGACAUAACUGGUGUCUUAUAUCUGUUACUAUAGAAAAGGGAAAAUCGCGCAUUGACUUUUUAGUUUUGUCGGUACAAUGAUUAUGGUAUGAACAGCUUGAUACAGUGUAUUUGCAUGACAACAUACGUUGUAUAUUUACCCUCAGUGAGACAUCGUACACAGUGUAAAGUAAGAAUCGCCUGUCAGUGUAUUAUCCCUCAGUGAGACAUCUUACACAAUGUAAAGCAAGAAUCGCCUGUCAGUGUAUUUACCCUCAGUGAGACAUCGUACACCAUGUAAAGCAAGAAUCGCCUGUCAGUGUAUUAUCCAUCAGUGAGACAUCUUACACAAUGUAAAGUAAGAAUCGCCUCUCAGUGUAUUUACCCUCAGUGAGACAUCGUUCACAGUGUAAAGCCAGAAUCGCCUGUCAGUGUAUUUACCCUCAGUGAGACAUCGUACACCAUGUAAAGCAAGAAUCGCCUGUCAGUGUAUUAUCCCUCAGUGAGACAUCUUACACAAUGUAAAGUAAGAAUCGCCUGUCAGUGUAUUUACCCUCAGUGAGACAUCGUUCAGUGUAAAGCAAGAAUCGCCUGUCAGUGUAUUAUACCUCAGUGAGACAUCUUACACAAUACAAUGUAAAGCAAGAAUCGCCUGUCAGUGUAUUUCCCCUCAGUGAGACAUCGUUCAGUGUAAAGCA